AUGGACGAAAUUUUAUUUUGGUGUGUUAUUAGAAAUAAAUAUUUAUUAUUUAAUAUAUUUAAACAAUUAAAACUAUUAAUUAAAAACUAUAGUUUAGAGAUCAACGAUUUACAAGAACUAUUAGAACAUCAAGAAAGAACCUAUAUUACCAAUUUAUAUUUUUCAACAAAUGAAAUAUUAAAACCACAUUAUAUUCCUUCAUCAGUAGAGAAAUUGGUAUUCAACGAUGAGUUUAAUCAACCUUUAACACCUAGUGGUUGUAUUCCUUUUAGUGUUACUCUUUUAGAGUUUGGUGAAAGGUUUAAUUAUCCAAUCGAUGCAGAGGAGUGCAUACCACAUUCAGUACAAAUGUUAACACUCGGAAAAGAUUUCAAUAAACCCAUAGUAUCACUACCAAAAUCAAUUCAAACAUUGAUAUUUGGUGAUUCAUUUAACCAUCAAUUAAUAAUACCAGAAAAUAUAGAUAAUUUAAAAAAAAUAAAAUUUGGUGAUAAUUAUAAUCACCAGAUUACAACAGUUCCCAAAUGUUUAGAAAAGCUUAUUCUAGGUGAAAGGUUUAAUAAGAAGUUUCAAAUCGAUAGAGUUUCAACCUCAUUACAUACGCUAUUAUUUGGUGAUAACUUUAAUCAGCCUUUAUCCUAUCUACCAGAGUCUCUCGCUAUAUUGAAAUUUGGAAAAAAUUUUAACCAACCUAUUCUACCCAAUGUAAUACCACAAUCAGUAACAGUUCUUAGAUUUGGUGCAUGUUUUAAUCAACCUAUUACACUUAUUAAAUCAAUAAUACCCAGUUCUAUCACAACUCUUGAAUUGGGUUCAAAUUAUAAUCAUCCAAUUACAGAAGGAGUUCUUUCAAAAUCAAAUUUAACAACUUUAAAACUAUCAAAAAACUAUAAAUACUCUUUAAAGCAACCAAAUAUUAUUCCAUCAUCAACUUCAACAAUAUUUGUUUAA